AUGGAUAAACUACAAUGCAUACUGCAUGUUCCGCUAUCUUAUCCCCAUCAAGGAAGACCUACGCUUAAAGUGGUCAACCCAGAUAUGGAAAGAGCCUUCCAAGCGAACGUCGAAAGGGGAUUCAAUGAUAUUGUCGAUAGCACUCUGAGAAGUGGCGGCCGAGGCAGCCUGUUGAUUUGGAUGAAUACCCUCGAUCGACAUCUUGAACGCUUGCUUACCACGACUGAGAGAGGGCCCACGCUCAAAUUCGUUCCUAACAUUGGUAGCAAGCAAGUGCUAGAACAUCAAGAGCCAAAGCAGGAACCACUCCCUCGUGCUGAGGUCUCCGCAACUGAGCGAAAAGUCAUCCCUAAAACUCCGUCGGUGACUAAGCCUGUGAGGCGGCUCUAUACCGCAGAGGAGAAGGCUCAAGCUGAGAGAAGAAGAGCGGCCGAGACAAAACAAAUCGAGGCUCGAUUGGGUAGACUACCCUUGUUCCAGAAGUCUCGAGACGAGUUGUUCUUUAUUGUGCCUGUCCAGCCCCCUAAGGCGGAUCGUCUGCCUGCACCCCUUCGGCCAAUCAAGACGGUGAAACUUUUAGUUCCUCAUCUGUAUCCCCUGGAGCCCAGCUCUAUUGAGCUUCAAGGUGUCACAAGCCCAGAAGCUAAGUCAGUUGAGAUCGGAUUCUCGCAAUGGGUGAAAGAAAACUCGCAGCUGAACUUGACGUCACAAAUCAACUACCUCUCGAGUAAUAUGCAUAAUUUUGCCAUGACAACCUUCGAAGAAGUCCAGGACACAACCCAAACCCUUCCAUCGCAGUCUGUCGACCUCCCUGAGGUAAUAUCGCCGUCUGGAGAAGCUGAGCCUGUCGUUGAGACAGACAAACCACACAUUCGGGUCAUACCAAGGCCACCGGAAUGGAGUGUAGGGAACGACGGUGAUGACAGCGAGUCCACGGAUUUCACGACAUCAGAGGAUGAUUACACAGAUGAAGACGAAGACGAUGAAGAAGGGGGAGCUCCAGUGCCAGAUAUGCCUGCUCCUACAACUGAGCGUGGCGUAGCCCUUUCCUUUCCAUACCUGGAGCUGUACGGUAUUGAAAUUCUGGAGCUCGUGGGGUUGUAUAUCACGAUCAAGUGUGACCGGUGCAAAGAGCACAUGGAUGUGAAGAACAUCCCGCAAGCCAAGGAUCAGGGUGACGCCUUGGACCCGAAAAUCGAGACCUGCAAGAAAUGCACUAACACGAUGAGUCUUGGGUUCCGAAGACAGUUGAUGCAUGCGAACUCUACUCGCGCUGGCUAUUUGGAUCUGGAUGGGUGCACCGUUGUCGAUCUUCUUCCAAGUAGCUUCAUCCCGACCUGUGCAGAAUGCUCGACGACAUUUCCCGGACCUGGCGUUGUUGCAGUUCGCGGCGAAAGUGCAAUGGCCUCCUGUCGCCAAUGUCAUCGAAAAAUGGUCUUCAAAAUUCCCGAGGUGAAGUUUCUGAUCGUAGGAUCUGCUGCAUUCACCCUUCGUGACCGUGUCCCGAAGCGGAAGCAGCCUAGAGAAACCCUUGGCAUUGUCGCUGGUCAAGAGCUUCCACGUCGCGGACGGUGUACGCAUUAUGGUAAAAGCUAUCGGUGGUUUAGGUUUAGUUGUUGUGCAAAAGUUUUCCCGUGUGACAAGUGCCAUGAUGCGGCCACCGAUCAUCCAAAUGAGCAUGCGAACCGCAUGAUAUGUGGCUUCUGUUCACGGGAACAAAUCUACCGACCCGAUAACUGCGGCAUUUGCCGUGCGGUCCUCGUUGGCAAGGCGGGAAGUGGGUUCUGGGAAGGGGGCAAGGGCACAAGAAACAGGGCCUUGAUGAGCCGAAAGGACCCGCGCAAGUACAAACGAAUCGGCGGGUCGAAGGUAGGUAGCUCUUCAAAAAAGAAGUAA